UAUCAUAACCUGUUAAUUAUUUUUACGCUAUUAUACAAAUAUGGCUGCAGGAGUAUUUUAUAAUAAAAGAUGGUUAUAAAAAGAAAGACUACUCGUUUGGUCGUUUCAAGAGAAAAGUACCUAUUCCUUAUAUCGUCAUUUGAGCAUAAAAAAAAUUUAUCUUAUAAAUGCAUAAUAUUAAAAAUAUUUUCAUCCGUAACCUACUCCUUCUAUAACCUCAUACGUUUAUACAUCGUUUGGUUGCCAAUGAAUAAUAAUAAGAUAUUAAUUAUUAUUAUUAAAAUUAUUCUAUGUUUAACAAAAAACACAUUUUACAUUUUUUCGAGUAAAAAUACAAUAAUAAUACGUAAACAUCGUAAACACAAAAUUAUACUAUAGAGACAUAUUAUAAUAAAUAAAUUUAAAUUAAAUACUAAUAUAAUGAAAUCCAAGUUGGGAACAAAUGUCCAACAAUUACGUAAAAUAUAUGAGCCGUGUUUCGUUGAACGAAAUUCGUCGGUGAAUAAUUUGAAUCACACUACAAUAGCUGCAAUCUACCAUAUGAUGUUCACAUUAACCGUGAUUUUUACAACAGUAAUAUUUGCGACUAUUAUUGAACAUGGACGUAUGUUUAAUAUUUAUUGGAAAACUUUGUUGAAUAUUAAAUUGGAAAUUUUAGAUAAAAUGAUGUUGAAAGAGAACACUGUACUAUCAUUCUGGAAAUAUCUAAGUUAUGGAGAAAAAACAUUUGGUAUUAUAGUUUUCGUAAAUGUUGCCAUCUAUCUAGCCUGGAAUGUGACAAAAUGGAAAUCUACAAUGCUUAAAUAUUUUAUAAUUAAUGAAGACAAAUCAAAUUCUGUUUGGUCAAAUUUACUUAGUGCGUUUAGUCACACUUCAUUGUGGAAUUUAACAGCUAAUGUUAUAUAUUUAUAUUAUCCACUAUGUAAAUUAGGAUUUGUACGAGCGUGGCCGAUCUCCAUAUUUCCACCUUAUAUGGGAAUAGAAGAAUUUUUCGUUUUUUACAUUAGUGCUUGCACGUUUUCUUCUUUAUCUAGAAUUUACAUCGAACCAAAACUAAAUAUUUCCAAUAAGAAGAGUAAAUACGGAGCUUCUGGAGCAAUAUCUGCAGUGUUUGGUUAUACUGCAUUAGGCUUUCCUAACCGCAAAUUAUUAACUAUACCAAUAAUAGUCGAAGAUCAACUAAGUGUUGACAUUACAGCAUUUGAAGCUUUGCUAUGUUUGUUUCUUCUGAUUGUCUUGAUUGUUUUCGUAAUGCAAUUCUCGUGGAUCAACUCUACAAGCAUAAUCUCAGGAUGUAUUUUUGGAAUUUUUUGGUACAAAUUAGGAUCAAAAAUCAUUUGGGACAACAGAAAAUAUCUAACAAAAAUUCUCGAGAACAAUAAUUAUAUACCUAUUUGAAAAUUUGUAUAAUAAAUAUAUUGUACAUGCCUAAUAUAACAUUAUUGUAAUAGAAAUAAUAAAUCAAGAAAAGUAAACGUAUAAUAAAUUAGGGCAUUUUUU